UACAUGUCUUUAUCUGAAAGAAAUUACUCAUGAAUGAAACAAUUCUGUCAAUUGUUUAUGAUUCCCACUUAGAAAACAAGUUGUAAGACUCGAAUCGGUUGCUUCAAAGUGUCUAACUUGCUACCAAGAUUGAUGUUGUAUGGGGCUGCUUGGCUUUUUUUUCACUUUUUUGCAUUGGCUUACACUUUGGCAGUAUUUCGUGUGCACAUUAUUAUAAUUCUGACCAUGACAAUACUAUCAUGAUGACUAAGAAAAAGUAGUUAAUUUAUCACCCAUAAUAAAAUACUCACUACCGUCAUCUAAUUUGUUUGAGUUCCCAUGUCUUGUGGUUUUCCCUUUAUUAAUUUUAUUUAUAUCUGUAGCUGUGCCUCCUUUUCAGAAAUGUACCUGUUUAGUGCUUCAGAUGUUGAUGAGGAAACAGUCUGUGUCUGAACUAGGGAUAAAAAAAGUCUUCAGUGACAUUUCUUAAAAUUAUUGUUAAUGUGGUGCUUGCUUUCUAGAAUAAGUUCUCAAAAUUGACUUCUAGCUGGCCCCAGAAGUUUCAUAAUCCAUGAACCAUGUUACCUUGGUAGGUCCAGUGGAAAUCUGCCUUAUCUGCUGCAAUUACUUGCCUUACUCUAUUUUGCUUUUAAUUUUCUCCCUGGAGGCGGAAUCUGGUGGCGUAUCUAGUGGAAGAAACAGUGUUAAGCUGGCAAUGUAGCAGCUAAUAUAUGUUAAACUGUAUGUUAAACCAGACUUGAUCCUAGACCCUCCUAUUGAAGAACUGUAAAUUGUUAUUUUAUACUAGACUUUAGUGAGUCAAAAAGUUAAUCUAUUGUUGAAGUUUAUGAUUUGGAGUAGCAAAAAGUUAAUCUGUUAUUAUAGUUAAUGAUGAACUCCUGGGACCCAACUCAAAAUGCUAGUGCCAGCUCCAAUGCUCCACAUGUGCACAAAAAAGGGUGUUCCUUUAAUAGCAUGCUUUGGGAAAAAGCAAAUACCUUGCCUAAUUACUUUGCUAAAUAUGAAAAAAUUUAGAGUACAAGAAAGAAAAGAAGCAAUAUGAUUCUAAACUUAUGACGUGAUAUCAAUCAAUGUGGAUUUACCGGUGGGCUUUUCUGUUGCUUAUUUUCCUUCAUUUCUAUUUGUUAUGAAAUAUGAAGUACUAUUAUCAUGCUAGCACUAUAUACUGCCCAGCAAAAUUUACCCAUUGGGCUGUAAUUGUUCCCAGAGAUUGAUUCACUUUUGUGCCACAUAGGUCUUGAAUGAGUUCACCCAUGGCAACCAAGAAAAAGUAAGCAAGAUGGAGUUCAAAGAAGUUCUCUCAGACAUUCUUUUGGGCAUGGCUGCUGGACUAAAGCGAGACCCUAUUGUUAUACUCCGCAUGGAAGGGGAAGAUCUACUUGAGUUUGUGAAUGGUCCAAGUUAUGAAGCAGAAAUGGCAUCCAUUUUCUCUCAGAUUGAGUCCCCUAGUGGAUCACUUCGUGACCAUGUAAUUGAAGCUUUUGGGAGACUCACUGUUGAUCAUGGAAUUCCUCCCACGUCAGAUUCUUGGGUUUUCAACAACAUUGUGGAUCCAGCUCUAUCUCAAGCUGGGCCUGCUUUGGACAAAACUGCUUCUCAGGAGACAUUUUUGGAAGAAUUUAAGAGAGUGGCAUUCAGUGUGGCUGAUUUUCUUAAAGAGAAACCUGUCAUUGUUGCCCACAGCGAAAACACAUUUGAUGGACGAGGCGUUAAGAGAUUUUUAUCCAACAAGUUUGAACUAGAAAGGACAUUGAACUUGGCUUUAGAGAAUCUGUCAAAAGAUCGCAAUGGAAAAAUAUCAAAGGACAAUCUGCGGGUGGCACUAGAUCUGGUGUCUCCAUCUGCUGGUUUGCCUCCAGUUGGUGCAAUUGAAGAGAUGGAUAAAGUUAUUGUUGAAGCCUUUAAGAUGGUGAAUGCCGAUGACACAAACACGGUUACAGAAGAAGAAUUCAAGAAAAGUUUAACUGAAAUAUUGGGGGGUAUCAUGUUGAAGUUAGAGGGCAAUCCCAUAUCUGUUUCUUCAAACUCAGUCGUGCAUGAGCCUUUAGGCUCAUCUUCUACACUCUUGCAGCCAUCUUCUGGUGAGACAGCAUAGUUGUCUCAAGUUUAUCACCAGUCAAGAAACUAAGUUCAAUCAUUUUUCUCAUUGAUGCAAAUUGUUACUGGGCAUAGUCUCUUUUUAAGAGUCACUUUGUAUGCUGUAUUAUUUAUGGAUAUGAAAAUGAUAGAAUUUCAUGAAAAAAAACGAAACCUCUCAAUUAUCCUUUGCCGGGCGUGUUUAUCACUUCAGUUGUAAUGUAGAUAAACGUCUUGUUGGCCAUUGAUGGCAAAAUAACAUGACAUGUAUUUUUCAAAGUAGUCUAUCAAACCAGUAGUUGAAAGAUUAUUGGAUGAAUAGAAUUAAGGAAUAGUUGUAAAUAAAAAAUAAUAUGAAUUAUAUUUCUAAAUAAAGUAAUGUAUUACUCC